AUGGAGGAAAUACUGGGUCUGCAGGAUCUCGAAUUAAUGAUACACUGGUGCACCACGACAUAUCGUUCCAUGGCCAAGGAUCGUGCCACCGAGACCCUAUGGCAAACAGUCAUCCCUCGAUUGUCGCUGGAAUUUCCCUCUCUGCGACAUGGACUAUUAGCCUUAUCAGCAUUGCAGGUAUCCGGGGCAUGCACAAGCCCGGAACGCAGAUGGCGAUAUUUGCUCGCGGCACGCGAAUAUCAGAGCCAAGCUCUGAUAGGUAUUCAUCUCGACACGACACAAGAGCUCACCAACGCCCAAUGUGAUGCCCAUUUCGCCCUAUGCAGUGCCAUGACUGUGUUCUCCUUUGCAUAUUGUUUGAUAGACGAUGGCCUGGAAGAAGAUGACGAACAGGCAGAGAUCCUGGAUGAGUUUCUGGAGGUAUUCCAGCUCACUCGGUGGCUCAUAAGUGCCAUGGUUUUAUCCUUGGACCGCGUGGGCACCGGCGAGCUCCAUUCGUUGGUUCGACCGGAACCAAGACGUGCUAGGUUGCCGAAUAUGUCUCAUUUGGUGAUUAUAGGCCUGCGACGAUAUAAUGAGAGUGAAGCCUUGCGGGACUCAGCCCACGAGAAAGAGACAUAUACCGAGACGAUUAACCACCUGGGCACCUCCCUCGAACAAUUGAUGAGUGGGAGCGAGCCCAAAGAUUUCGCUUUUUGCUGGACCUUUUAUAUUCCCGUUCGCUUCCCGGAACUGGUGCGUGAGCGCAAGCCCUUUGCACUAGUUAUUCUGGCCCACUUUGCCGUCAUACUGCACCAUCUGCGGGAGACAUGGUGGAUGGGAGACUGGGCCACCCGCAUUCUGAAAGAGGUUGUGGAGGGGCUGGACAGUGAAUGGCAUGACCUGCUCAGCUGGCCAGUAGAUGCUAUGGGGUGGUCUUUGCCGAAGGUGAAAGCUUGA